AGUCGGGUAACAUGGUCGUUUUGAGUUUCAUUUUACAAUAAAGUUUAUUAUUAACUAUAUAAUAAUAUUGGAAUAAAUUUUUAAUUGAAUUGUGUUUUAUUUUUUAUUAGCUUAAGACUAACGUUCAUAAAAUGGUUGAACAAAUGAUGUUUUGCAAACUUUUAGUGAUUAGUGUUUGUAUUAGUUUUGUAUUGAGUGCUAAUUUGUAUAAUUUAGAUAGGACAGAAGAAUGUGCUAAAGCUACAGCACUUCUUCAUGCCAUGCACAUAGUGCCGGAUAAUGAAAAUAAUAACAAAGGAACACUAUGUGAAAGUCAUUGUUGUUCGCCGUCAACAGAAGAGCUACUUUUACGACGUACGACUGACGAUUACGUCGCUCUGCUAAAGCACAAUUCAGGUGUUUUGCAAGGAUUACUGGAUUCAACGGCAACUACUUUACGAGGAACACUAUGUGAAAGUCAUUGUUGUUCGCCGUCAACAGAAGAGCUACUUUUACGACGUACGACUGACGAUUACGUCGCAUUGCUAAAGCACAAUUCAGGUGUUUUGCAGGGAUUACUGGAUUCAACGGCAACUACUUUACGAGAGCACGUAUUAACAGUCAUUGGGCAAUCAGAAAACCGCACUUUAGCGCUGCUCGACACGGUAUACCGCCGGCCACCGCGGUUAGGCCACCCGCCUGUCUCGGCGCUCUACGAUUCUAUUCGCAAGCACGUCAUUUCCUUCAAUGAAGCCGAUGCGAAAGAAACAAGCGAUGUUACCACACUUCCAGCGUCAAUUCCGAAUGCUCUCGACAAGGCGGUGCGGCAAUUCUUCGAACGACUCUUCCCGCUGGCAUAUCAUCAUAUAGCACAUUUUGGACUGACUGAUUUCACGGAAGAGUACAAACAGUGCUUAAUGCGUAAUUAUGAUGAGAUUCAACCAUUCAGCGAUGCGUCCAAACGUCUAUCUUCAUCAUUGCGACGAUCUUUGCAAGCCACCCGGCUCCUGCUGCAUGCCUUAGUUGAAGGCAGAAAUAUUCUACAUGAUGUCGAUGAGACUCUGUCAGUAGAACAAGAUAAAGAAUGCCUGAAGGCGAUGACAAAAAUGACUCAUUGCUCUAAAUGCAAUGGUUUGAAAGCAGCCCGCCCUUGUGCCGGUUUUUGCUUGAACGUUUUACGUGGUUGUUUAGCCGCGAGGGUUGAUGGUCUGGAUGCACCAUGGAACUCUUACUUAGAAGCUUUACAAUCUUUAGCAUCAGCAGCAAGGGCGAGAGAACCUGAAGAAUUGCAUGUGGAACGGGUAUUAGGUGACUUAGAUAACAAAGUAUCUCAAGCUAUUAUGGGAGCGAUGGAAGCAGGUCCUGAGCUUAAAACGAGGGUGAGUGAAAAUUAA